AUGAAGACCUUCACCAUCGCCUCCAUCGUCGCCUUGGCCUCUGUCGCCAGCGCUCAGCUCGACAACAUCCCUCAGUGCGCUCUUUCCUGCUUCAUCGGUCCUCUCACCAGUGACGGCUGCGCGAACCUGACCGACUUUGCCUGCCACUGCAAGAAGGGUGACACGCUCCUUGCCCAGGUCCAGCCCUGCGUGCAGAAGGGCUGUGAGGCUGCCGACCAGGCAAAGGCUAUUGCCGCCGUCGAGUCCACCUGCCAGGCUGCUGGUGUUCCCAUCACCAUCCCCGACACCGGCGCCCCUGCUCAGAGCAGCGCCCCUGCCGCCUCUGCCUCUCCCUCUGCUGCUCCAGCACCAUCGUCUGCUGCGUCCGCGGCUUCUUCAGUUGCCUCAGCCGCCUCCUCAGUCAUCUCAUCCAUUGUGGCAUCCGGCACUCCAGUGCCCAUGCCCACCCCCAUCUCUACCGGUACUCCAUCUAUGACACCCUCCGGCUCUCCCUCUGCCUCUGGCGCUCCUACUUCUUCCGUCUCUCAGUUCACUGGUGCUGCUGCCCAGGCCACCCAGGCCGUCGGUAUCAUCGGUGCCGCCGCCCUUGCCAUGCUCGCUUUGUAA